AUGGAUUACACACACCUGAUAAAACAGAAAAGCAUUCUAUCCCUCUCUCUCUCUCUCUCUCUCUCUCUCUCUCUCUCUCUCUCUAAUUUUUUACCUUCCCUCUCGCUUUCUCUCGCUCUAAUUCUCCUCCUUUCCCCCUCUUUCUGUCUCUCAGAUGCUCAUUCCAUUUACGUUUCAACUGUUUUCUUCUUUCGUCAUUUCUCAUCAAUUUAUUGGUUGUAUUUCUCAUUUCUCUCUCUUUUCUUUUUAUCUGUCUCUUUCUCUCUCUUUUCUUUUUAUCUGUCUCUUUCUCUCUCUUUUCUUGCUCUUAUCUUUUCCUUUCUGUUGAUCUCUAUCUCUUUUGUACAUAUCUACCUUCUCUGUAAUAUAACUUGCCUUUUUUCAACUCUCUUUUUCUCAAUAUCUCAGCUUUUUUUUUCUUUCUAUUUCUUUCUUCUUCUGUACUCUAAAUUCAUUACUCUAUGA